AUGCAGAAAUUCUUCAUCUUGACUUUGGCUGUUGUUGGCUGUGUGGCCGCCGAAUCGGGCUAUAACUACAAUGCCCCCCACCAUGCCGCCGCCUCUGCACCCGCUCCAGUUUUCCAGCAGGCCGCCUCUGCUCCCGCCCCCGUGCGCACCUAUGUGCCCCCGGCUCCAGUGCACCAUGCCGCUGCCUCUGCUCCCGCUCCCGUCCAGUCCUUUGCCCCGGCUCCCGCUCCAGUGGCUGCUCCAGCUCCAGUUUUCCACGCCGCUGAGUCUGCCCCCGCUCCAGUGAGGACCUAUGUGCCACCCGCACCCCAGGUGCACCACCAUGCCGCCGCCUCCGCUCCCGUGCAGAGCUUCUCGGCCCCAGCACCCGCACCCGCUCCAGUCCAGUCCUUUGCCCCCGCAGCCGCUCCCUCCUUCGAGUCCUCCGGUCCCGUGUUUGAGGCCGCCGCCUGCGCCCCCGCAGCCUCCCGCUCCGGUUACGAGUACAACCAGCCCGCCGCCAGCCAGCAGGGAUACAAGUACAAGACCGUCCGUCGCCGUGUGUUCAAGCACCGCGCUUAG